AGCUAAUUCCAUUACAAAGUUGCAGUAAAGUCAUCGUCUGUGGCAGUUCUUUUACUGGUCUCGCGCCCACAGUCUUUCCACCAUGGAGUUCCAAGUUGGAAUACUGUCAUUUUUGCUGUUGAUCACAGCCGUUUCGCCUCAGGGCUUUAUGGGCAUGGAACCUAUCAUUAGUCCUUCCGGAAGUGGUAAUGGGAUCCACAGUGUAACCAAUUCGAACCCAAAUCCUAAUGCUCGUCCUAAUGGCGCCGGAGGGGCUCCGAACAAUCCUGCAAUGGAAGCGGUCCAGAACCCAAACCGGUUGGCUAUGGCCCCCUUUCUUGGCGAGCAGGGUAGACCAGGAACAGAUUUUUCUCGGCCAACGAAUGCUGGGAAUCCCAAUCCCAACAAUCUCAUCAACAUGAGAAGGAAACCCCCUCAGCCUCCCAUGGUGGUCAGAAUGCCCCACCUCUGCCAGACGGCAUCCUGGAGCACUGAUUCAAUGGUUGUUCUGCCGAUGCCAAUGUCCCGGAUGAAGACUGCCGUUGGGACCCUUCCGCUGAUGCGAGGAGUCGUCACACAGCAGGGUAGAAAGAUGAUACCUUUCACAAUGGAACAAAUAAUGAUGAUGAAGAUGAGAAACCAAAUGAUGUCUAUGGUUAUGCAUGAGUCAGGCCCUAUGACAGCGCAGACGAUGAAUAACAUGGGUAGAUCUAACAAUAUGAUGGGAUCAACGCCUAACAUGAUGAAUGGUAUGAUGUCGGGACAAAAUAGAAUGAAUCCAAUGAACGCAGGGUUGAAUAUGGUGAACAACAUGUCCCCGGUACCAGAACCAAUCAUGAUGAAUAAUAUGGUACCAGCGCCUGAACCAAACAUGAUGAAUAAUAUAGCACCGAUGUCUGUUUCGAACAUGAUAAAUAAUAUGGCACCAAUUUCCAUACCAAACAUGAUGAAUAAUAUGGCUCCAAUGCCUGAACCUAAGAUGAUGAAUAAUAUGGCACCUAUGUCUGUACUAAACAUAAUGAAUAAUAUGGCACAAGUGUCUGAGCCUAACAUGAUGAAUAAUAUGGCGCCAAUCUCUGAACCAAACAUAAUGAAUAAUAUGGCACCAAUGUCUGUACCAACCAUGAUGAAUAAUAUGGCACCGAUGUCUGUUCCAAACAUGAUGAAUAAUAUGGCUCCAAUGACUGUUCCAAACAUGAUGAAUAAUAUGGCACCAGCGCCUGAGCCAAACAUGAUGAAUAAUAUGGCACCAGGGCCUGAACCAAACAUGAUGAACACUAUGACAAAUGUGCCUGCUAAUAACAUAGUGACAGGGAUGGUAAACAGAAUGCCACAAACAAACAUGAUUAAUCAAAUGGCCAUGAUGUCUACAUCACAAAAUGGUGGCACUACAAAAACCGUCUGGAUGGAACCUUCCUCUAAUACAGUGGUUGCAAUGUCCUACCCAACAGGUUCAGGUGGUGCCAACAAUGUUCGAAUAGCUGUUUAUUGAUUUUGGAAUUAAACAUGUUCAUAACAAUCGCCAUGUGAAAUGUUGAAAACUUCUUGUGUAUAUUUCUCAGUCUGACCAUUGUAAUAAAACAGAGUUGCUGUA